AUGGCUCCAACUCAAAGCAACACGUGCGGCCAGCUCAACGUCUUAGGCGGCCCCCGUAUCUUCGCAUCGCAUUCCCCCUUAUUAAUAACAUCAACAUGUUUUUUAUGGACGUACAAUGCCACCCGCGACACCGAGAACACCGCGCUGAGCCACGCGCAAUGCGCCCUCGCCUUCCCCGACCUAAACUACGAGAUCGACCGCGCAAAGUCAUACUGGCAGAAGCGAGGACACAGGAUCACACAGCAAGACACCAACAUCGCAUGGCGCCCCGACGGCGCCUUCCGACUGUUGAUCGUCGACAACCAACUGCGCAUCCUCGAAACCAAAGGAGCAUGGAUGAGCAGCGGCUAUCGCUAUCGCACCCACCCCACCCUCCACCAAAUCUACAGAGCUCUGCUCGGCGCCACGGCCGCGGGGGAGAUGCUGCCCAAUAUCGAGUUCGCCGUUACCGUCGAUGACAUGUCGCUCAUCCCGGCCGGAGGAGAGGACGACACGCGCACCAUCUGGGCCUACGCGCGACGACUGAACGUCACGGAGGAUGAGCGGCUCUGGCUCAUUCCGGAGUUCAGCUUCUUCACCUGGCCCCCGAUUGGCGGGCAUUUCUCAGAGAUGCAGAGAAAAGCAAGGGUGUACGAUGCGCCGGUGCGCGACAAGAUCCACCAGCUCGUGUGGCGCGGCGCAAUCUGGACGAAUGGGCCGAUUCGAGAGGGUCUCGUUGCAGCCACGGCCGACAAACCGUGGGCGAACGUGGCGGAGGCCUCGCGGAAGAAUCAACCCUCCAACCUCAUUCCCACCGACGAAAUGUGUCGCUGGGAGUUCCUCGCGCACACCGAGGGCCGCAGCUGGUCUGGCCGGCUCCUCUUUCUGCUCAACUGCAAUUCCAUCCCCGUCGUGCACGACCUGAAAUGGACCACCAUCUUCUACCAUCUGCUCAAACCCAGCGGGCCGGAGCAGAACUACAUGCCCGUCAGGCGCGACUGGUCGGAUCUCGAGGAAAAGAUUACCCACUUCCUCGCAAACCCCGACGAAGCGCAACGCAUCGCGGACAAUGCGGUCGCCCAGUUCCGUUCGCGCUACACCUCUCCCGCCGCCGAAGCGUGUUAUUGGAGAAAUCUGAUUCGCGGGUGGAGCGAAGUGGCUUUCGACCCGGAGGUGUACGAGACGGUGACGGUGGAAUACGGCGGCAAGACGGUCGAAAAGCAGCAAUUGCGAGGGGUGGCCUUUGAGGAGUUUACUUGGAUCCCCAGUGGCCAGGCGUGA